AUGUUUAUGGUACUACUGUAUCAGAAUCCAACUACAUCGUCGUGCAGCAUAUUGGCUAUUUUCAUCCUGCUACAUCCGGAACCUACACUUUCAGCUUCAGCGGUGUGGACGAUAGCGUCUAUCUCUGGCUGGGCAGCAGCGUCGCCAAAAGUGGCUACAGUAAUUCAAAUUAUAACAAAAAUGUCAACUACUACGACACAAGCACUUCGGGUACUUUUACAUUUACUGCGACUGCUGGUCAAUACUAUCCGAUUCGUAUCUUGUUCGUCAACGCGCAGAACUGUGGCUUGUUCAAUUUCUCGCUCACGAAUCCCGCCGGCAGCGUUGUCGUUUCAAACUCCCAGUCUGUCGUUGGAGACCAGCUUGUGA